AUGAACGAGCCAGCUGUACUCAUUCUGGAUGUGAAUUCGGGUGACGCAAAGGUCAUUGAUAGCGGCACUGACGCUUGCAAGGCAGGCUCCAGUCUCAAGCUCUCCACCUCCCCAGACUACCGUUCCCUCCGUCCAAUCGAAUAUGGCAGAAUCACAGACUGGAACGCGGCAGAAGCGCUCUGGCGCCACACCCUCAUUGACGAGCUACACAUCCGCCCGGACGACCGCGCCAUCUUGAUGACAGAAGCACCGCUCACUUCCAAGCAUGAUAGGGAGAAAACCACACAAACAAUGUUCGAAUCCCUCACCGUGUCCGCGCUGCACAUCGCCACGCAACCCGAGCUCGCGAUGUGCGCGUCAGGCCGCGGCACGACGGGCGUCGUAGUCGACUCAGGGGACGGCGCAACACAUGUCGUCCCCGUCGUCGACGGUGUGGCGGUGGAGAACGCUAUCACAGCGCUGAACAUCGCAGGAAGCGAUCUGACGGACUACAUGGCCUACAGGCUGAACGAGCGCGGCAUCUCGAGGUUUGAGUGGCGCGGUGCGUGGUCCGAGGGUCACGCCGUUGCACGUGAGAUCAAAGAGCGUCUUUGCUACGUCGCCGUGGAUUGGGAAAAGGAGGUUCUCAAUGCGAAUGUCCAGCAUUCUGAGGAUGAUGAGGCGUUUGAGUUGCCGGAUGGCCAGAGUCUGGCUGUAGGGAACGAAAGGUUUUACACAACGGAAGUUCUCUUCCAGCCGUCCAUACUGGGUCUAGAUGUCGCUGGUCUCCAAUAUACAACGUACAACGUGAUCCACAAAUGCGAUACCGACCUCUACGGCCCAUUAUUCGGUAACAUUAUUCUUGUUGGUGGAAACACGAUGUUUCCAGGAUUAUCUCAGCGCUUUAAGUCAGAGCUCACAUCACUCAACCACGAUCCGAACACCAGCAUCGAUGUCUACGUGCCUCCUGACCCCAGAGUAUCCGUCUGGAUCGGCGGUUCAAUUGUGACGUCGCUCAGCACCUUCAAAGACAUGUGCGUCUCAAGGACGGAAUACGAUGAGGUUGGGCCAGCUGUUGUCUAUCGUAAACAUAUCAAGGCGCUAUAUAUUGAUUGA